UUGACGCUCUUUGGCUCAAGCAGUCCUCCGUCAUCCGGGUAUCUGCCAUUGAGAGUGUAGGUAAGGAGGCGGGAAAUGGCGUCUGGGAGCACAUCGCAGUAUCAGCUACUAGACGGUCCGUAAAAAAAAAACAGCAAAGCAGAGGCACCAAGAAGGCAUCAAGAAGUAGCUGCUGUCCACACCGUGGCCACCAGCUGUACUUGAUCAGCUACCUUGUUUUCGAGUUACUGUGGAGGACUGUUAACCUUACAUGUGACUCUCAAAACAAUGAGGCUGAGAAUGCGCAAGGCAUCUCAGCAGCAGAGCCCCGCCCACGCGCCCCGCCCGUCCCGGACCAAGCGGAGGCAUUCAGAGGUGGAGUGCACGCCGACAGGUGGAGGGAGGGGCUUGCUGUCCACCAUUAAGAAGUUCAUCAGAGGAAAUGCUGUCAAGGUAGAGCAGGAGAACCCAGCCAAGAAAACACGUCUCACCUGUGACGUGGACAACAACCUGAUCUCCUCCACACCACAAACUGGAGAUGUCCCCAGAAGGGCCAUCUCCAGGGUCAGAAGAAACUCUGUCAAUGGGGAAGCAACAAACCAUGACACGGAUAAUAAGCCUGUGAAGCCCAAUGGAAAGUUGGAAGAGGUGGCGGCAGAGACUUUGACCAGUCCGCCUAGAACCACUCUGUUGGGCACUAUUUUUUCUCCUGUCUUCAACUUCUUCUCACCAGCCAACAAAAAUGCCACGUCAGGGUCGGACUCCCCAGACCAGGCGAUGGAGGCGGAGGAGGUUGUCAAGCAGCUGGACAUGGAGACUGUGGAGGAGACCCCCACCUGCACUGCCACCUCCACUGAGGAGGUGUGUACGACCUUGCCCCUCUAUCCCAGCGCCAUGCUGCCACUCCUGCGACCCCUUCUCCCUCCUGAUGGGGGUGUUGAGGACGAAGAGGUCAUCACAGACAUGCCUCCUUUAACAGCCCCAGGCGCCCAUCCGGAAGGAGGCUAUGUGGAGGCUCAGCCCACAGCCCCCUCAGAGGGUACAUAUGAGGAGGACUGGGAGGUCUUUGAUCCGUAUUUCUUCAUCAAACAUGUACCCCCGCUGACUGAAGAACAGCUCACCAGGAAGCCUGCGCUUCCUUUAAAGACCCGCAGUACCCCCGAGUACUCUCUGGUCCUCGACCUAGAUGAGACAUUGGUGCACUGUAGCUUGAAUGAGCUGGAGGAUGCAGCUCUUACUUUCCCGGUCCUGUUUCAAGAUGUCAUUUACCAGGUUUAUGUGCGGUUAAGACCGUUCUUCAGAGAGUUCCUGGAGCGCAUGUCUCAAAUCUAUGAGAUCAUUCUCUUCACUGCCUCAAAGAAGGUCUAUGCUGACAAGUUGCUCAAUAUCUUGGACCCCAAGAAACAGUUGGUUAGGCACAGGUUAUUUCGUGAGCAUUGUGUCUGCGUACAAGGAAACUACAUCAAGGACCUAAAUAUCCUUGGAAGAGACCUGUCCAAGACCAUCAUCAUUGACAAUUCACCCCAAGCCUUUGCGUAUCAGCUGUCCAAUGGGAUUCCAAUUGAGAGCUGGUUCAUGGAUAAGAAUGACAAUGAGCUCCUGAAGUUGGUCCCGUUCCUAGAGAAGCUUGUUGAGUUGAAUGAGGAUGUGAGGCCACACGUUCGAGAGCGGUUUCGUCUGCACGAGCUUCUUCCGCCAGAUUGAUCCCCGAUAUGGAUGGAGACAUUUUGACAGUAGAAAUAACCAUUAAAUGAACCAACACACAGACAUGUAAAAAGCCCUUAUUGGAUUACAACUAUGACAUUGUCAUUACUGUUGAGGUUUUCGCUUUUUUAUUUAAUUUUUUUAUCCCACAUUGUUUUUGUAAUUUAUAACAAAAUACAAAGUCUCAAAUGUAAACAGCGUCUGGUCAAAAGAAUUUCUAAAUACACAUGUAUAAUAUGUAUAGAUCACAAUACUGUGGGCAAGACCAAGAAGACUCCUCCUUUUGACUGGCUUUUUCAGGAGCGAGUUCUUUCUCCCUUCUUGCCAUCGGAGGGGCCAAGGUGCUGUCUGCCUGGUUGGAUUUAAUGUGUAAGUUGACAGAAGAGGAUCACAUUUGUUCCCUUUGGUGCUUUCACGGGACUGUUGACAGGGACUCUCAUUGGCUUCAGACCAGUUUCAACAGGAAUGGGCAGUGAAGUGUGUGUGUAUAGACUCUUUCCUUCCAUCUUGGUGUUUUUACAUUUUUUACCUGGUUCUCAUUAUGCAUUCCUCUAGCUGAUUUAAAAACAAAAACUAAAUAUAUAUACCUUUUUUGUAGACAUUGAAACUUCUGUUGGUUAUUUUACCCACUUUUUCACUUUCAAAUGAUGAAACCUUUUCUGCCUACAUUGUUUUAUAAUUGGGAUGUGUAGGUUUAGUCCAAGUCUGUUUUAUUGGAAAACAAUAUUGAUGUUAUGAUAGGAUAUUCCACUGUUAUUAAAUUGAAUAAUCCAGAACUUCCUGUUUAUUUUGUUUGGGUGGAAGUACUAGUUUAAACCAUAGUGACGGCUUUGUGUUUGAAACCAGAGGACACUCAGCCAAUUAUCAGUCAGUUAGGACUUUGAAGAAAUUGCGUGAUGGUUAACCUUAGGGACUAAAUGUUUCUGCUUUUAAGUGAGGUGCUACCUGCAGUCUUUUACAAUAAUAUUAAAUUUGUUAUUCAUAUUUCAGUGUAUAGUUUUUAUUCUUAAUGUGUAUGUCUAGUAUUGCAUUAUAACUAAUAUAGCAUGCCCCACCUCCCUCCCCCGUUUAUAACUGGGGGUAGAUGGGUGGCUGGGACCUGAGACAGACUCAUUUGUAGCACCAGCAGCAUAUAAAUAGGAAGCCUCAUCACUGUGGUUUAAAUCAAUCCUGCAGUUCUUUUUGUUUUAGAAAUUUAUUUUAUUCUGUUCAUUUAAAAUGCAUUUGAAAGAAGCAUCAUUGAAAACCCUUCAUUAUGAAUGUCUCACAGUCUCUGCCCGGACUUGGGAGAGUUGUAGAAAAUCUACCAUGAUGCAUUGCCAUAUAUUGUACCUAGUCUGCCAUUGUGGUAUUUCAUGUGGCCUAACCAGAUCAUAGACACUUUAUUGAGCAAAGAAACCGUAAGAAAAGAAAAAAAUCACUCAACGGUUGCCCUUCCAUGGCCAUUUCGCCCUUCUGUUUUAUAUUAUCGACUUGUAUGUUUGCUGGUCGUUUAUAUGGUGCCAAACAAUCCUCCUAACAUGAGCAAACAUCGCCACCCAUCUAGUUUUAUUUUUUAUUUAAAAUCUAGAGCAAUAGUGUUUAUGUCAAGAGACAAUCAAGCCUCUAAGCUCAACACUAAAGUCUGAAAAGCAAUUAUUGUGUGUGUGUUGGUCUUAAUUGUACCCUGUGAAUCCAGAUGUACCCUGGCCCAUUUUUCCCUAGCUGACGUCAUUUUGCCAAACAUUUUUUGACUGAUUAUAAACCCUGUGAAUUUU